AGAGAGAAAAUCACGGUCCGACAUUAAGUCCUGUACCGUACGGUAACUGGUACCGCACGUAAUAGAUUACAACCAUCGUCGAAACUGGACUCGUGUAGUCAUUCACACCUGGAGACCAAAUCGAUCUUUGAUACGCUCUUUUACGCCAUGCGUAUCUAGGGACUAGGGUCAUUCAGAAUGGAUUGUGUGUCUCUCGAACAAGAACUAGCUUCGGCCAAGAGCGCUUUGGCAAAGCUCGAGGAGAAACAACGACAGCAACAAGAAAACGAGGAGGAGGACGGUUGGGGCGAAGACUUCAAUGAUGUCCAGGAUACACCAUCGAGCGUCUUAGAGAGACUUCUUUUGCUUCAAAUAACAACCGACUCGUUGGACCUCUCACAAGACUACCUGUCGUUUCUGGAAACCACUCGGGGUAUACUCGGUGAAAGCUGUGACGACAAGGACGGCAACGAUGUUUUCAUCGAGCACGACGCGUUAUUGGCCCAUGCGCAACUCUGCGAAGAAUUGGCACAUCAAGUAAUCUUGAAGCAUGCUACAACAAUCAUGGAUGCAUGCCCGGCAUUAUACGAAGAAGCAUAUCUCCCACUGUUUGGAUACGUGCACGAAUGCCUAGUGACGUUGUUUCGAGACGAAUUGCAAUCCUCCCGCUAUCCAACAGCACAAGGUUGUAAAAAUCUUCUGAAUAGCAAAACUGGCAUUGAACACCUCGCCUCUAUUUGUCAGCACGUCGUUCGAUUGGAAAAAAUUCACGAGGAAACUGUAAAUGCUGUAGAAGGCGUCGAAGUAGCAACAAACGGCAACACCGCUAUGUUAGAACUCUUUCAUCCUCUAUUGGACCGCGUGUACUUCCAUUUCAUCAAUACCGCAAGCAAUAAUGGCGAUAACGRCGAAUUGCCGCUCACAGUCACCCGAAUCGAUCGGCUUCCCGAAUGGUUAUUGAAUUAUGUAAACAGCAAUUUUCUGCAGGAGCAAGGUCCAUUUGAAGUGGUGGUAUCGGUAAUGGGCCCUCAAUCGGCCUCGCAAUUUUGUGAGGAACUWGUCCGACUGAUUGAGUGGGUUUUGGUCGAGCAGAGAAAGUUUUUCGACGAUCCUGCAAUUGUUGGUCCCAAAUCAAAUCCACAAGCUCUUCUCCAAUCGAUAGAACAGUUUUUGGAAUUUGAUUCGGCACUUMUAGAACUGUUAGCAGAUACAACAAGCACAAGUGAUAACAUGAAUUCCGCAGCUGUGAAAAAGUCCACUAUAAAUUUACCCGUGACUCCAUUUUCGGGCCUGAUGGAUCUAUUAGUUGCUUCGAGUGAUGAUCUUUUUGACUGGUGGAUUCAACGAGAACGAGAGUCUGUCUUUUCGACGCUUUUCUCAGAUGAAAGCGAAGACGACAACACUUCCAAAACACAACUAGCGAGCCAUAUCUCGCCACGAGCCGAACUCUUUUGUGCCCUGAUUAGGUCUGUACAGUUGAAGGCCUCCACUUUGACGGUUCCAGGAAAAUACCUCAGAGAGGUGGCCGUACCCAUUUGUUCACAAUUUGUGGAUGCCCUUCACGAGACUUCGGUGGAUUUGCGAAAUCGCUUGGUACAGCAGCACAACGGACAGCAAGCUUCGCCCCAGACUAGUGGCAUAGUAGACUCGGAAAAGCAACUGCUCGUUUCAAACAUAAACGAAUGGAUUGAAAUUAUCAAUGGAACGCAAUUGGCAUCCCAACUAUUGCUCUCGAAGGAGCGGGCGGUCAGUAGUCAAAGCGAUCACGAUUUGGGGCGCUUUGGGAGAUCUCUCGAACGAUUAGUGGAAGUUAUGAUGGAUGAAUUUGCCGUGACAUUCGUCGAGACGACUCUGAUGGAGCAAGCCAAAUUUGCGAACUAUUUGAUGUUAGCCUCACAUAUAUUAGCAAGUCCUGAAUUCGCCGAAGAAACCAAGACAUGGAAGAGUGGCAUCACGGUAGAACUUGAAGAUACAAAGACUGUCCUGCAGUAUUUUCAAGAAACAUGUGAUUCGAUUCUUCAACCAGAGAAAAGCUUGGAUGACGAUCUAGGGAUAGUAGAAGAACACCUUUCCUCCUUCGCGCCUUUGGGAAUGCGCGCCCGUGUUGCCGAUCGAAUAGUAGACAAACUUCUUGAGGUUGCACUAGAUUCCAACCAGGUAACACCUGAUAUUUGGCUCGAGGGGGCAAAAAUCUUUGCCCACGACGUCCAAGUGCUUGUUGGGUCAUUUUCUGACAUUCCAGUCGUCAAUCGUCUACUGGAUGUUACGAAGUUUAUGACACAGGAUUAUGACUCAUUCUUUGGCUUAUUUUCUGCGAUCGGCGGUCUGAUGGGGUCGGAUGCCUUUCUCGACAUUGAGGAACUGAAUGCCGAUACAACAUUACACGAAGAGGCUACCAGCAUGCUAAAAGCCAAGAAUAUAAACUGCCGUUUGGAGUACGCAGUUUCCAUACUGAAUCGGAGGAGGAGCUAAGCUAACUUUUAAGUCAAUCGUCUA